GAUGGAGACGAUCCUCUAGAUGUUUGGGUCAGGUACAUUAAAUGGACAAAGCAGGCGUAUCCACAAGGUGGAAAGGAGAGUAAUUUAUCAGUGCUUCUUGAAAGAGCAGUUACGCGCUUCACAGCCGGCAAGAAAUAUCACAAUGACGUUCGCUACGUUGAGCUCUGGAUCGAGUUUGCGGAGGGCUGUUCUGACCCGAUGGACGUCUACCGCUACAUGCAAGCUCAAGGCGUGGGAGGCAUGCAAGCCGCGCUUUACAUCGCCUGGUCUGAAGAGUACGAGAAGAGAGGGAAUAUAAAGAUGGCUGACGGCGUGUUUCAGGACGGCGUGAAGUGUGGAGCAGAACCUGCGGAGAAGCUGCAAGCGUUUCACAGGUUUAAAGUGCAUUGAUCUCGAUCUGUGCUAAAAUGAGUUCAUGACUUUCUAAGCUCUCUAAAGGAUCGACCUGUUAAAAACUUUGCUGUUAA